UUUCUCUCUCUCUCUCUCUCUCUCUCUCUGCAGGCUGGCUUGUGUCCAGGUACUGUUCAGCCCCUCUGUAAUGAUGAAGGUGUGGCGUGUAAGCAACUUCCCUGUUGUGUAAUCAUCAAGAGGCUCUUGGGGGCUAUAAGAUCCCCAACCUCAUCUGGUUUCUCAGAGCCUCCAGUCAGUUUUCUCCAAACACUCGCACAUACAGACUCAUACAGACUCUCACACACACACACACACACACACACACACACACACACACACACACACACACACACACACACACACACACACACACACCCACACACACACACACACACACACACACACACACACACACAAACACAGAAACAUGAUAUGGUCCGGGGUACUUAACUGUGCAGAUUUCUCUUAGAGGGGUCGAGAAGCAAUUGUCAAGACUUGGACUUUAGCCAAAAGAGGCAUUGAAAACCACUAUACUUCUCGGACUGGACGCCCAAUCACUCACAGCUGACCUCAGAAAACUAAAAGGAGGGAAGUGAAAUUGUGUGACGCAAGGGUACAUCCAGUUCCAUGAUGGGGAUCCCGAAUGACCUCUCCCUUUUCAACUCCACCUCCUCCCCAUAUUCAAUGACAGAGAUCUAUCUGAACACCUCUCUAACUUCCUCUGCUCCCCCCUGCACAGACUGGCCUCCUGUCCCCAUGACCACAGUCAUCCCGGCCAUCUACAGCAUCAUCUGCGUGCUGGGAACCAUAGCCAACGCCCUGGCAGUGUGGGUGUUGGCGCAUGCCAGUGCCUUAAGGAGAACUGUAGCAAACACUUUCAUGCUGAACCUGUGUGUGUCUGACCUGCUGUUCCUGCUGUCUCUCCCGCUGUGGGCCGUCUACUACUCCCAGGGCUACAGCUGGCCCUUUGGCCAGGUUGCCUGCAAAGUUUGCGGCGCUCUCCACAACCUCAACCUCUACGCGUCUAUCUUCUUCAUCACAUGCAUGAGCGUGGACCGUUACCUGGCCAUCGUGCGUCCACUCCGCUCCCAGAGUGCACGAUACCCUAAACGGGCCCGGCUCACGUGCAUCCUGGUGUGGGUGCUGGCAUGUGCUUGCUCGGCCCCCACUUUGUAUCUGAGGGACACUCACUUCCUGAAGGGGCUGGGCGUGAUGGCCUGCGUGAUUAACUACCCUGAUCAUACCUGGUAUCUGACCCUGGUCUGGAUGAAGAUUGCUCUGGCCUUCCUGCUGCCGAUGUUUGUCAUCUCUUGUUGUUACUGGGCUAUUGGUAGACAUUUGUUGGCGGACACAGGGCUGGUAAGAAUGCAGAAUCCGUCGCAACGCACCAACAUGACCUCCUUUAAAUCAAUGGAGCUAAAGGAAGGCUGCAGUAAACCAGAGAGACCACCGACCCCUUGUGUGUGCCCCAGCUCCAGCGGGAGCAGACCCCUGGAGCGGGUGUUGUGGACAGUAGCUGCUGUGGUCGUGUCCUUCUUCGUCUGCUGGUUCCCCUUUCACUGCGUGACUUUCUUGGACGUGCUGAGGAGCGACAGCUGGCUGGACAGCUGCAGGAUGAACUGGACCAUCCACACCCUCACCCCUCUGACCCUUUGCUUGGGCUUCUCCAACUCAGCCAUCAACCCUGUGCUCUACUGUUUCGUCGGAAACCAUUUUCGUGGCCGUCUCGGGGGGCUCUGCAAGGGCCUGUGUGCUUGUCUGGAGACCCGUGGGGGAGAUCACAGCCAGAACAGGGGCUCCUUCAGCACCAGGCUGAGCUCCUUCUCUCGAAAACUCAGUGACCUGAAGGACCUGGCGAUUGUGGAGCCCUCUGGUCCUGCCUAACCGGCCCUGCAGAGGGGAGGCUUUUCAAGAGUGAUGCCAACGUCAAGUACCUGCUGAACUCCAAUAACCAUGGAUGUGUGUGAGACAGAGCUGUUACUAAAACUGACUAGGUCUAUUUCCAGCAGAGCUCAAUGCUGCCCUACAAAGAAAAAGUAACAAAAGAAAACAUGAAGCUGAGAAAAAAAAGGUUUUAAAGUUUUGAGGCUGGAUAGCCAAACUGUGUAACAAACAACUUUAUACAUUUCAUGUCUUUAAUGCUGCAGCAGGCAGCUAAUUACAGCGAAAAAGCUCCAAGAAUCCACUGUACACCACGGCAGACGGACAUAGCGACUAGCUGGUGAUCAUAGUGGAGCAUUUAGCAGCUAAAGAGCCAGAUAUUUCCCUCAGGACUUGUAGGAGAGCAAACACAGAGCUGGGGGAAGAUUGGACACGCAUUCAUCAGGUAGCCAGAAACAUGACUCCAUAUGCAAUAGAAUGUUGCUCCAUAACUUCGAAUAGGGAACAUAUUUUAACUAAUAAAUAUCACUAUGCAACUUCCCCAGUUGAUUACUUACAUUAAGACAAUCAUGUUUGGUAUUACACAUUUUGUGAAAUUGCAUGUUUAAAUAUGUGAAUGAUGCAUUAUGCUAAUAAAUAUGUGCUAAUUUGCAUACAUUUCCAAACAGAAACAUUGGAUAAAGCCAGGUUAAUAUUCUUUUCAUUUGGUUGACAUAGGCCUAUUAGAGUCAAAUGUUUCUUUGUGAAUUUAGGAGGAAUCUAUUGGCACGGGUAGAAAAAGGGUAACGUUAGUCACCUUAAUGUGUAUUUUGAACUUGAAUGUUUCCCACUUGUCUAAAAGAAGACAUGUUUAUCGAAGCAAAUUAGCCCCCCAAAAAU